UUCACUCCUUUCUGGCGUACGCGUUCGUAAAGUUCGUCGCAUGGUUACCGAGGAGUCCCUUAGUUCUGAGAGGCGCACAGCAGCCGAUCGAGCGAGUUCAGUACUCCCUAUUGUCGAUCGUUUUUAAUAAGUGCUCUUGCGGCCUAUGCUUGAAGGCAAACCAAUGCUUAUAGGACCAAUCUACGUUCACCCUCACGCAAGGAGUUAAAGGCCAUGCAACGGGGCGGCAUGGCCACGAUGGACUCAAAGCCCAUAAGAUCGAAGCUAGACGGCGAAGUAGCGCACUUACAACGGAUACUGGUAGAGCAGCAGGAGGAGAAGGAGUUAGAAAUACAGGCGUUGAGGGAGACAUUAAACCAGAUAGUGACGCGGCAUGCGGAGGAGCUUCAGGCAGUGAACAGCCGGUGGGAGGGGAUCGUGGGCACACUCAAACAGCACGGCGAUGGGCAGCUGCCAGGCGGCGGAGCCCAGAUAACGGAUCAAGCAGCGUUUGCCAAGAAGCUAGCCGCUCGAGCAGCAGCGGCAGCCCUAGCAAUAGAUAGAAUAAACCCUGCGCUAGACUCCUGUGCGGCUUACCCGAUGGAAAUCAGCGCAGUGCGGUGUCCGCAUUGCGGCUGUGACAUCGCUGACACUCGGCGGGACGCAGAGGAGCGAGAGAUAUGCAUGAGCAGUGAGGAGCGGGAGGGAGAGAGGGGGCGAGGCGGAGUGGUGAAGGGCGCUGACGUGGUUGUAGUUCCGGACGAGCGGAGCAGAGGCAGGAGUCGAAGGCGGAGUAGACGACGGAGCACAGCGUCAGGCCACAACAGCAGCAGCGGAAGCUUCAGAGGCAGCAGCAACGAUAGCAGUCGGCCCAGCCAACGGUGUAGUAGCAGCAGUAGAAGCAGUAGCGGUAGUCGACGAGAAGAGAGCCAAGCAUUGCGGGAGCAAGUGGACGAGUUAAGUCGGGAGCUGGAGAGAGUGCAGUCGCAGCUGUGCAUCACACGCCGUCGCCUCACGGACUCCCUUGUGCAACUGCAGGUGUCGUGCGCUGAUGACGCCGCAGCUGGCCUCAUUAGCGUAGACGCGCCUCCUGCAGCUCUUGCGACCCGUACCAUGAACCUAGUUUCAUUGUGUGACUUUGGGUGGUCCAACCAUAGCGCGGUAAAAGAUCUGCCAGAAGGUGUGGUUCGGCUUAGCGGGGUAGGUCGCUGCGCGGACGGGGCUCGGCAGGCGAACGAGGCGUGGCUGUUGGAGCUGUUCGUGUCGCAGGUGCACCGCGUGGCCGACUGCAUGGAGGCGUACUGCGGGAAAGUAGCCCGGCGCCUCUCACGGCAGGGGUAUAGAACGGACCACUUAGUGCUGGAGAUGAUAGGAGGAAGGGCCGCGCACCAUGCGGACGAUGGCAGCGGGGCGGGUAGCGACGCGGAGAGCUGCCAUAGCUACCCGCAUGGUCGGCGGCGGGGGCGGCAUCGCAGCGAGUGUGCGUCGCUGCUGGACUGCGUGCUGAACAUCGCCAGCUGCGUGCUCUUCACGGACUUCGAGGCCGAGGACUUCGUGCGCGCGGGCUUCAGCCGCCUGCUCAGCAACGACGAGCGAUGCGCCGUGAAGCUCGCCAAGUUCCUAGCGCUCAGGGAGAAGGACCGCGUCCUCAGAGGAGCGCUCGACCCCAACCGCGAGGCCAAGUUCGCCCACUUCUGCGCGCGCCGCCUGGAGGAGCUGGGCGAGUGGCUGCAGGCGGCGGCGCUGGCGGGGGGACGCGAGCUGCCAGACGAGCGCAUGUCCAUAGCGCUGCUGGGCGACGAAGGCGACGAGUUCGCUGCGGCGUCGGCCGACUUCGUGAGCCUGUGCCGCGCCGUGCUCGCCCUGCACGAAGCCGCGUGGUCCUUUGGCUGCCCUCUCCGCAUCUCCCGCAUCCCCCCCAACGUCCUGUUUGAUUCAGCUUUGAUGCGGCCCUAUGCGUGGACAGACGCGAGUGGUUCGUUAGGUGAACCUGGAACAGGUGCAGCGGGGGGGUUCAGCUCAGCUGCCAACAUUUUUGGCGCAGCUUCAGACGCCUUCAGAAGCGGGUUGGUGAGCAGCUCAAAGAAUGGAGGAGGUGGCAGCAGUGGGAGUGAGGGCGGCGUUUUGGUGACAUCACAACUGGUCCCUGCUUUUCUGACAACUCAUCUCGUUGUGCAAGGAGUGGUGGUGACCAGAAAGCCUACACAGUAGCACUAAUACGUGUCAUAGCACUUUACUGACUCCAUAACUCUAACUAACUCUCCAGGACAUGAUAAUGAAGUUUAACAUCCGCU